AUGACGUUCGCCCUGGCCGGUGAUGUUCUCUACAUGAUCCUGGAUAUUCUCGGCGAUGAGAAGGACUACAACAGUCUGUUUCAAUGUGCUCUUUCGUCGAAAUGUUUUACCGAGUUUGCGUUGACGUCUUUGUACAAAUUGUAUAACACCUCGCCAGUGAGAAGCGGAGGGACAGAUAACGAGCAGUUCAGAACGCGGAGGGCCGUGCCGACGCUGGCGGUUCUCCGGAGUCAGCAGGAGGCUAUUACUCGGAAAUGGGCGCUUAUGUGGCGAUCAAUCGUGCUGUCUACGUUCGGUCAGACUUAUCUGCCGUACUAUAGUUAUAUCCGGUACUUGGAUCUCGAUGAUUUGAUUGAUCUGCUGAAAGAUACUGGGUUCUCUGGGAAGAUCAAAGAUGACUUCUUUACACCAGAGGUCCUGGAUUUCGUGUCCCGCGACUAUGCAUCCAAAGGGAAUAAGCGACUUCGUUCGUCGAGGGUCUUUCCAGACAAUGAAUGGAUUAUGGCUAAGCUUGGUGGAGCAAUUAUUGAGAGGGCGACAUCAAUCCGAGGAAUGCGUUGCAGCAUUCCAUCAUCUGUAUUAGCCGAAUGGCUCGAACGUCUACCGAUGUUGCAAACCCUGUCCGUCUGGUCUGGGGCCUCCCUGACAGAGCAUGCGGGCGAUAAACUCCGUUCCCACUGUCCUGACUUCAAGCAACUCACAAUCUACGGAUGGUCGUCCAAGACCGCCGAGACCGACUGCGAGGAGUUCCUGAAUGAACUGAACCCCAACACUCUGCAGUAUUUCGAGGUAUUUAGUUACUCGCAUUUAGGCCCACGCUCGAUCAAGGCUCUGGGCUCGCAUCUAGACUCUUUGAGAGAGCUGAAGCUCACAAGCUUAUCCAUCGAGGCGAUCGCGGAACUUCCUUCGUUGGCAGCGCUUCCAGUGCUAGAGGUCUUGGUCCUAACGGACUCAAUCCCGACGGCCAGGAACGACGAGUUCUAUUCCAUCAUCACGCGCGUUGCUGAGUGGAUACGCAGUUGCCAAGCCUUGAAGCGCCUUGACCUCAGGAAAUUCGUUGACGACGCGAAUCUCCUAUCGCAGGUCCUAAGAGAAGACGGGCUUCGACUGUCCAGUCUCUCCCUGGAGGGCUAUAUAAUGUCUCAAAGUCGUGCUUUCCACGAAGCUCUCGGCUCGCAACAGUCCCUGCAGAGCCUCUAUCUCCGCGGAGAAUCAACGGAAAACUACAUCGAAAACGAUGUGUUUCUGCAAGCCCUCCUCCAGCUGAAUAACCUGCAAGAGCUUGAACUCAAGGACAUCUCCGAUGGGUUCUCGCUCAAUCACAUAGCCGUACUGACUCCUUUUCUCCCCCACCUGAACCGCUUAUGGAUCGGCGGUGACUACCUGAACGACGAGGUGUGGAAGGCGUUCUUAUGCCUCCCGAAUCUGCAAAGCCUUGUUAUCCACGCACUGAGUGAAUUCACGUCUCGCGGGAUCCUCGACUUCAUCUCACGCCUGGGACCUGGGAAUCACGGGUUCAGCUUGUCUAUCCUGAAUGCCACCACCGACGCAAAUAUCACGGAAGAAGCGCAAAAUGUCAUUCGCGAUACUCUGAAGACUAAGCUGGAUGGGUCGUUUGACUUUGGUCUCGCUCAAGAGGAAUACAGUGACAUGGACUCAGAUGCUGAAUUGUCGGAUUAG